AUGCAUAUUCAGAGUAUUCCAAUGUGGGUUGGCUCGUCCAACAACUAUGCAUACCUGGUCAGUGACGACGAGACGAAAGAUGCUGUCAUUAUUGAUCCAGCAAAUCCUCCAGAAGUCACUCCCGUCCUCGCGGAAAAAUCCAAAUCCCUCAACCUAACAGCCAUCAUGAACACUCACCACCAUUGGGACCACGCUGGCGGGAACGAGAAAGUUCUUUCUGCCUUACCAUCGCCAGUCCCCGUCAUCGGUGGAAAAGACUGCGAAGCCGUGACCAAAACACCACCUCACGGCUCAAAGUUCCCCAUUGGCAAGAAUAUCCAAGUAACCGCACUUCACACUCCGUGCCACACGCAAGACAGCAUCUGCUGGUACAUGGAAGAUCAAAGCACGAAAGAACGGGUAGUAUUCACCGGCGACACGCUCUUCAUCGGUGGCUGCGGGAAGUUCUUCGAAGGCAACGGCGCCGAGAUGAACACCGCACUCAACGAGAUCCUCGCCUCUCUGCCUGAUGACACCAAAAUCUUUCCGGGCCACGAGUACACGAAAUCCAACGUGAAGUUUUUGAAGAAAGUCGACGGCGACAACGCGGCAGUCAAGAUGUUGGAGAAAUUCGCCAAUGAGAAUAAAGAGACCCAAGGCAAAUUUACCAUGGGUCAGGAGAAGCAGUAUAAUGUAUUCAUGCGGGUGAAGACGGAAGAGAUGAAGAAGGUCACGGGCAAGACUGAAGCAAGUGAGGUGAUGACUCUGUUGAGAGAGAUGAAAAAUGCGGGUUAA